AUGCGUUUUUGUACGCUCUCUUCCAUCGCGGCAGUGGCCGCCGCCUUUUCCUUCUUCCUUUCCGUCUCCGCUUCCCCCUCGACUUCUCGACAAGAUGUCGUCCAACACCGCUACGACGGCGCUGAAAUGGCCGCCAGAGGGGUGCGCGCAAGAGAGACAGAGAAGAUCAAGCCCAAGGUCUUCAUCGUGUCCAUGUUCGACCCAGAAGCCGAGGUGUGGUGGGGCAUCCCCGAGUUCGACCUGCUGGCCCGCAACAUCAGCGUGCCGGGCUUCUCGCCGCUGUUCCCCGAAGCCCACUGCACCGCUGACGGCGAAAUAUGCCAGCUCAUCACUGGCGAAGGUGAAAUCAACGCCGCCGUCACCCUAACCGCCCUCUACACCUCCGCCCUCUUCGACCUCACCACCACCUACUUCCUCAUCGCCGGCAUCGCCGGCAUCAGCCCCGAAGUCGGCACCCUCGGCAGCGUCACCUUCGCCCGCUACGCCGUCCAAGUCGCGCUGCAAUACGAAUUCGACGCGCGCGAGCCCUCCCUCCCCGCCAACUGGACCACCGCCUACAUCCCCCAAGGCGCCACCCAACCCCUCGCCUACCCCUCCUCCCUCUACGGCACCGAAGUCUUCGCCCUCAACCCCACCCUCCGCGACACCGCCCUCCGCCUCGCCGCCAACGCCACCCUCGCCGACUCCCCCGCCGCCAUCACCUACCGCGCACACUACGCCCCGCAAUCAUCCAACACCACUGCAAACUACACCGCCGCCUCCCUCCCCCCCGGCCUCACCGCCUGCGACACCGCCACCUCCGACGUCUACUGGUCGGGCGCGCUGCUCGGCCGCGCCUUCGCCGCCUACACCUCCCUCGCCACCAACGGCUCCGCCCUCUACUGCUCCACCCAGCAAGAAGACAACGCGUCCCUCGAAGCGCUGCUGCGCGGCGCGCGCGCCCGCUUCCUCGACUUCGCCCGCGUCGUCGUCAUGCGCACCGCCAGCGACUUCGACCGGCCGUACGAAGGGGAGAGCGCGGUCGAGAACCUGCUGUAUGCGGAUCAGGGCGGGUUCGAGCCGGCGGUGGAGAAUAUUUACAGGGCGGGCGUGAGGGUUGUGGGGGGGAUUGUGGGGGGGUGGGAGGGGGAGGACGGGUUUGAGGCCGGGGUGGCGCCGGGGGCGUAUGUCGGGGAUGUGUUUGGGUCGUUGGGCGGGGAGCCGGAUUUUGGGCCGGGGAGCGUGUUUGAGGAUGGGGAGGGGGAUGGGGUAGCGGAGAGGAAGGUGAGGAGGAGGGGGGUGGUGGGCAGGAGGCAUAGGAGGCCGGGUGCGAGGAGGGGGGUGGCGGGGUCGUUGAGGCCUUGA